AAUAUGCGGAAGUAUUAGUCACGUGACAUAAACAUGGCGGACGACACAAACACAAACCCGUUUCUAUCAGAUGAAGAUGAGUUUUUGGACGAGGACAGCGUUGAAACACCUAAAGCAAAACCACAAUCGCAUGAUACACCUGAAAUAACAUGGGAUUCAAUAGCCAACAAACUUUUGAAAGAAAAAUUGACGCUGACUGCGUUAGAAUUGCACACCGAACUUGUGGAAGCAGGAAGGGAACUGCCAAGAUUGAGGGAUUUCUUUUCAAACCCUGGAAAUUUUGAGAGAUCUAAAGAAGAUUCACCCACCUCAACAUUGCCCAGGACCUCCAGUAUGCAGACAUUGGAUUCACUUGAUUUUACCCGCUAUUCGGAUGAUGGGGAAAGACAAGUUGAUGAACGUGUUGCAGUGUUGGAGUUUGAACUGCGUAAGGCCCAAGACACCAUCAAAUCUCUUAGAGCAAGUCUAACUAAAGAAGCAGAGACAGAGCAUGCCAUCGUAGAGGCUUCAGAGGAUGCCAAGGAGGGUUUACGGACGGACGAGACCAUUCGCAUGAUGGAGAAGAAGGCCCUUAACUUCCUGGUGAACGGGUACCUGCUGCAGAUCAACAACAAGCUGACUGCUGUCACUUUCUCAGAGGAGAAUGAAGACCAGAAUUUUGAGGAUUGGGAUGACGUGGGUUUGAACAUUCCCCAACCUCCAGACCUGCUGCACCUCUACCGCGACUACAACAACCACACCAUGCCAGAGCGCAACGUAACAAGCUGUGAAACCCAGACAGAUGAAACUGUCGAGUAUAUUGACUCUCUUGAGGCUGCCAUUAUAGAGCUGAAAGAAGAACUUGCAACAGUAAAGAAAAAUCUGGGUAGCAAGGUGUUUGAGCUGGAGGAGCUCCUACUGUACAGGGACAAGGAGAUGCUGCAGAGACGAGGGGUUGCUGAGGGGUCAGAGUCUGAGCCCCUACCCAGCCCCCUCACAGAUAAAUCCCUGUUGUUUGACGACAUUCCAACCAGUCCAGCAUUACCUGGCAACCAGACAGACGCUGAAGAGGAAGAAGAUCUUGACCAGUGCAAAUGUGAUACUACUAGAGUUCAGUCCCCUGAUGUGUACAGACUGGAUUUUUCUGAUGACGGCGAAGAGCAGACGAAGGAACUAGGAAGUGCAAAUGCCAGUCUGAAUGACUCGGCACAAUGUGAUAAUCAAAAGGAUGUGACAGACUCAUGUGAUAUUUCUAACAAUGGCGAUGAAAAAUCAAAGUGUGAUAUUGAAUCAAAACAGUUUCCUGGAGAGGUUGAUGAUACCAGUCAGGUUGUAGAUCUUCAAAGUGUUGGAAAGUUUAAUGAUAACAGGGAUGUUAAUGAAAAUGUGAACGCAGUGAAUUCCAUGAAAGAUACACAAGUGGAUACAAGUGUGAAAAAGAAAACUGUCACAAAAUCAAAGGAUAUUUGGAAAGAUUCUGGAGAAAGUGCCUAUGUGGGAUCAACUGAAAAUAAUUAUAACAGUAAAUGGCCAAAGAAGAAAUCUGACAGCGAGAAAAUUAGAACUCAAACUUCUGGCAGCAGUUGGAGAAAUCAGUCAGCUUCUACCAGAAAGUUGUCCAAUUCCUUUAUCAAUGCACUGAAAGACGUCUGCUUUCACGUUGCAACAGAUAACAGAAUUGUUGCAGAGGUUUCCAAGAUCACGGAUACAGACCAACAGAAGGUGGUGUUGAUGCUGGGACGGUGCCUGCCACACAUUGUACCCAACGUCCUCUUGGCAAAGCGAGAAGAGUUAAUUCCCCUGAUCAUAUGCACCACCAUGCUUCACCCUGAGGCAAAGGAACGAGACAACCUACUCAACAUUCUCUUCAACCUUAUAAAGAAACCUGAUGAGGAGCAAAGGCAGAUGAUAUUGACUGGCUGUAUAGCGUUUGCCCAGCAUGUAGGCCCCACUCGACUUGAGGCUGAGCUUCUGCCACAGUGCUGGGAACAGAUCAGUCACAAGUACAUGGAGCGCAGGCUGCUUGUGGCAGAGGCCUGUGGAGCGCUGGCACAGUACAUACCCAGUGAGCUGCGUAGUUCGCUGGUGUUGUCGAUGCUGCAGCAGAUGUUACAGGAUGACAAGGAGGCAGACGUGAGAGAAGCUGUCGUCAGGAGCCUUGGCCUUAUUAUUGGAUUUAUCAAUGAUAAAGAUAAAUAUUCUCAGGGAUCUGAGCUACUGAAGGUGGCCCUGAAGGACACGGCAGAGAAGGUGGUGACCAGCGCCAAGGCUAUCCUGCUGCCCUCCUUCGCGAUGUGGGCCUACGAGCUGGGCCGUCUGGAACACAGUCUCAUGCACAGUGUCCUGCGUGACCUAGAGGAACUAGUUAAGGAUAUUCCUAUGAUGAGUACGUCAAUUUCUACCCAGAAGUCUCCGAGCGGUGUUGCUCCGCUGAACGAAGGCCGGUUCCUGCUAUAUGUGAACACCCUGCAAGAGCUGGUUCCCUUCCUGUACCUGUCUGUCCUGGAAAGUGGGCCCUACACGGACCGACUAUCCGAGGAGAUGUCGUCUAUAGGAGACAAUGAGGUGUUCCGGCACGCACGAUCGGGUUCCCGUCUUACAGAUCUGGUUACCAUCGUGGGCAAUAAGUGGCACCUGGGUGCGCUGGUGAAGCUGUUUGAGGAGCACAUCAACCAGGAAUGGUUUGAACCCUGGGACAACCUCAACUGGAUGGUCAACAAUCUCAUCCCUCGUCUGUUAGACGUGGUCUUAGGGGCUGCCGUGUCAUUUCCAAGGAUUGUCGCAUGUCUGGCAAACUGUUUUCUCAAAAUAUCCACGACUUUUGGCAAAGCUUUUGUGGAUAAAAAGAUCAAGCCCCGAUUCAUAGAUGUCCUGAUGAUGGAAGAAGACCACAUAGAUCCUAAAAGCAGCUUUACCUCCAACUCCACCCCUUUUACCACAUGUGUGGUGCCAGUCUAUGCAAAGGGAGUGCUCAGUGCCUUUAACACGGAGGAAGACAGAAAACAGCUUUCCCAGUUCCUUCGAGAAGCUCUAUUCUGCCUAGCAGCCUACCAGGCCCCUAAGGAUAGCCUACGCAUUGCAUUCACAGAGCUCUGCCAGGAGGCCAAUAACCAUGAUCUGUUGCUGACUGUCCUCUGGGAAGGAGUGGUGCAUGCGUCUCCCUUGGUCAGAUCUACAGCUGCACGGCUCUUUGAUAUAGUCAUGCAUAGCGUGAACGAAUCUCUUGCCUCUACCCGAUGUGUUCCGGCCCUGGUUACCCUAGGCAGUGACCCAGAUAUAUCUGUUCGUGUUGCUACUAUUCCAGCCUUGGGCACAAUUAUUGAAACUGUCACUACCAGAGAUAUCCUGGAGAAGGUUUACAUGCAGCUACAGUCGUUCCUUGAUGAUCCGGCCUAUAGAGAGGAGCAUGCUCUCCACCUUGAACUUGUCGCCACCUUCACACGUGUCGGGCCAAACGCUGAACAGAAAUUCAGAGAUGAAUUUAUGUUGCCGCGUCUGACAGCUUUGGCCCUCGAGAACAACAACCAGACCAACGAAGUGAAGAAACGAGAGAUGGCACUACAGCUGUUUGAGGCAUACAGUGCUCUCUCCUGUUGUUUCAUCAACUACCAGCUGGUGCAGGAGUCCUUGUUGCCAGGGUUACGGUGUCUGAAGCAGGACAUGGCCAGCAUUGCUCCCGAGCACGAAGAGGUCAUCAACUCCAUGUUGAAAGGUUACGAAUCAAAGAUCGAGACAUCCAGGCCUGCAGAUAGAAGAUCGAGCUUUACGGGAGGUUUUGCCCCCACAGCCGAGGAUAUGAAAGCACGCAUGAUGAGCAAGAUUAAGGAGUCCACAACGAAAGCAAACAUUUCCGGUCUUUUUAAUAGGAAAAAAUGAUCCGCUAGUGAUAUAUAAUUUCGUGACGAGGUUGUUAACCGCUUAUUUUCUUCAUGAUAGAUAUGCAGUGUUCCUACACUAUGUUGCUCAUUAACGCUUGGAAAAAAUAACAAUGUUUGUCCAAAACAAUAUGUAAACAUUCUCGUUCAAAUAUUAUUUAGUUAAUUAUGACAGUUAUUAUCUAACAAUGUUGCCAUGAUAAGGUAUACCUUUUACACCUAUCAAUUUCUGCCUGUACUCUUCAAUCAAAACAAAUAGCUUAAGCUGAAAGAGCCGUUUGUUUAAAACCCUUACGGUGUUCGAUAAAAAAUAAACCUCUAAUCAAUGUGUACUAAACUCUCUGACAUGUACUUUCCAUAAAGCAAUGUCACAUUAUUGCCGUAUCAAUAAUAGUUGCUCUGAACGAACAUGAUGCAUUCAUUAACUCCCAACAAAACGGAAUGUGUGAUAACUCUUUGAUUUUGAAAGCUGUAUUUCUUUUUUACUUGAAAAAAUGAACAAUAAACCCUGAAGUAUUUUUUAAACCCUGUAUAAAAUAAUUUAAACCCAGUCUUCAACUGCUAAACAGAAACUAAAAAGUUUAAAAAGUGUACCUUUAUUUUUAUGCAAAAGGAAUCUCUUUGUCAUAUUAAGAAUUUGUUAUGUUUAAAGGAAAGGUAUUGUUGAUUUUUAGGAAAUGACUUCCUAAACUUAUAAUAUUUUACAAAUUCAUGUGUUAAAUUAAGAUUGUUCUGUGAAUAAAUGUAUACAAAUUGUUGAUUUAAAUUGCUGUUUUACUUCCUUGUCAACUAAUAUAAACUUUAAGUUUGAGAAUAUGUGGUCUCUAGUUUCUAAGUUUAAAUGCAUUUGGCUUAUAGUUAUUACGUGCAAUAUGUCAAUGUGGUAUGAUUUGUUUUAAAUUGUUUCAAGCUUUUGAAAAGCUAAACAAGUUUAUCCAAUGUGUUACUUUACAGAAAAAAACUAGACAUCUAAUGAUGCAAAUAUCAUACAUAUCAUGUAUUGUUUUAUAUAAUUCAAUGCAACAUUUGUGUUGUUUGUUAUGUUGUUGUAUUUUGUUAUAUACAUAGCGUUGUGCAUUAUGCUUGGAAUGAGCUGUUUUGCUUUAAUUUUUUAGUAAUUCAGAUUGUAGUAAGUAGAUUUAUUUAAGAAACGAGAUGUAGAGAAAAUACUUAAUUGAUACGUAUAUACUAAAGAACACUCGAAGUGUGUUUUAAUUUGCAUUUAAUGUUACAUUUUAAGAGUAGAGCACUAUAAAAGUCAUGAAAGGCAUUGUGUACCAUUUUACGUCAAGAUUUUCUGUCAGUAUAUCUUCUUUAAAAAGUUGAGAUAAAUAAUAUUAAACAAAAAUAUGUGGGUGUAUCAACUAAUAUAUUAAAAAAUGACAGUCAAUACUUAAUACUUAUAAAUUAUAUACCAGCUUGUACCCAUAGGGAGAUACCAGGUUUAAAAGGAGGUGCUUAUAAUUAUCUAAAAAUAUGUUUAUAUUUUAAACGUCAAAUCAUGUAUUAUAGUCGGGAACAUAAAAUCCCCAAACGAGAAAAAUUUCAGUGGAAACUUUUCGGCCCGCUGCAUAAAUUUUACACACACAACUCUUAAAUUUUUUACUAUGGGUUUAUAUUACGGUACAAUAUGGACAUUAUGGAAGUUUUUGAAGUUAGAGUUAGAUAGUCAAGAUAUUUUAAACACGAAAACUAACUGCAUUUUUGUUAAUAACAUAGUUUAGAGCAAAUGGAAUUUCAUAAUAAGACGAUAUUUAAAAUCCAUGUUCUUUUAUUCUAAACACAGACAUAUAUUUACUUAGUUUAUUCAUGACUUUUAAAGAUUGCUUUGUAUUAUAUAUGCAUUCCACGAUAUUUUAUAUGUCAAUUUUA